CCUACAGGUAACAAUGCAUGCAUGGCCCUUUCUGCGCCGAUCAUUUCCACACCCUGACGACAAACCCACAUCACAAAUUUCCAUCGGCAUCGUCGCCUACGGAACCCAUAUUAAGCAACGCUCUGCAGUUUCCGCAGCGCGGACUUCCCCACCUCGCGUCCUAUUCCUGUCGUUAACUGGAUUUUGACCCUCCAUCUGAGCCUGCCGUUGGUUUUCCUUAACCCCGAAAGCAUUUAUCUUCUCACCCAAUUUGAGAACCAUCGUUGGGUGGACAAUUUCGAAAAAUAUGAGGGCCUGUCGUUUCGUCCUGGCCUAGCUAGUCUGGAUGCUCGAGUCCUAAUCGCGGGUCCUUGGUGGGUUUCGAUUUGUGGGUUCGGAGGGUGGAGGAGGAAGAGGGUUGGAGCGCUACAUUCCACAUGGGGUUUAGGGGAGUUCGUGUGGGACAGUAGAUGGCGAAUGAUUGGCGAUGCCUUAUUGCGGCAGAAUUCGCGGAGUUGAAUCGGCUGUGGGGGUCGUGAUAUAGGGCUUUGUUCCGAAGUUGAGGAUUGCUUCAGGAAAUUUUCGUGGAUUUACAGGUUCCUGAGCUGGAGCAUUUUAUUUUUAUUUUUUAUUUGUUAUUUUUCUCAUAGGGAGUUGCGACCGGGGCUUUUGUGAUGGCUGCACGAUUACUGAAACACCCAGCUGCGCCUGGAGCUUGUGCACAUCGCAACGUCGGCAGGCGUGGUGAACAUGAUGUCGCUGGUCAGGGGAUCCAUCGUGUAGGGAAAUUGAAACUAGGAGGGAGAGAGUGGUUGGGUGAAGUAAAUGUUGCGAAUGCGAGGUUGCAAAUAAAGCAAAGAAGAAGAGGGGAUCUGCGAAUGCAAUUCAGAGCUGGACUUGAAGAACUGGCAUCGAAUCAGGUAUUGAUUUCGGCAGCUACAGCAAGUACGCUUGGCCAACUCGCGAAACCUUUUGCAGCAGCUUUGGCUGGUAAAGGCUUCAACUGGAAGUUGGUCAUCAAGUCUGGUGGCAUGCCCUCCUCUCAUGCCGCUUCUGUCACAGCAGCUGCAACAGCUCUAGCUUUUGAAAGAGGAUUAUCUGAUGGAGUAUUUGGAUUAUCUGUUAUCAUAGCAGGCAUCGUGAUGUAUGAUGCCCAGGGCGUAAGAAAUGCCGUUGGGAAGCAGGCCAAAGUCAUAAAUACCAUGGUGGUAUCAUACGUGCCUCUUCCUCAAUCUCAAGAGGAAGAAUCUCUCUCGGCUGCCACCCCUUCAUCUGCGGCAAUCGGUGCUGCACUCGCUCGGGACCCCAUUGAAGCCGAACUUGCUUUCAUGGAUAAUACUUAUACUCCCUCUUCAUCAGCCACGCAAACGCAGUCCUCUUUAGCAACUCUGGAAGCUGGUUCACCCAAUGCGAGCAAGUCGCCCGUUGGGGCAGCUGCGGAUAUGAAUAAUGGAGCUUACACAAGGUCUUCACGAUUCUUCGAAUUAGCUGGGCAGUUGCCAUCAAUGAGGGUGGGCGAAGUAGACAUCCAAGAGCUCGGAAAUCAAGAUGGAUGGCGACUUUUACCUUUGAAAGAAUCAAUCGGGCAUACCAAAAUUGAAGUUCUUGUAGGAGGCAUUUGGGGGAUAGUGAUUACUUGUAUAUUUCAUUCCCUCUAUAACUCUUAAAGGCUUAAAGUUCAGUGCAUACAUAUACUUCUGAUGUACGGGACAGCGAGUGUAUUUUGUACAUUUCAUAGGAAGUUUGGGAGACACAGGCCCCUUCCAACUAUUCUUCUAGCUGACAUUAUGCAUCAACUUUUCAAAAAAAUAUUCUGCACC